AUGUAUGUGCUGUGUAGUGUCGAUCCAGUACUGACCUGUGACCAGGUCAAAGCGGAUCAGACUCCUGGACAGACUGUCCCAGGGUUAGCUGGUCUCCUGUCUCUGAUGAGGAAAAGCUGUCUGGCGUUAAGUAACUCUGGGGACGCAGCCGGAAGGAGACUGUCUGGAGAGGUGUUACUGGAGAAUGUCUUCACAGAGAUAGACAGUCUCCUGUCUCAAGGUAUCCUAAGCAACAGCAGGGAGGUGAGUGGGUUGCUAGGCGCCGUGGAGGACACCUUGAUGCUCAUUGGGCCACAGCUCAGAGACACCCACACCACCAUGGAAACAGACCACACAGAGGCAGAGCUUGCAGUGAGGAGGGGACAGACUCCGCCCACUGGGCCAAUCAGCCUGGCCAAUGACAAAGCUCGACUGGACACCAGCUGGGAGACAGCCACCGGCAACGGGACGUACCCAGGUUUCACUCUGGUUGGGUUGGUGUGUUACAAGACAGUGGAGAGAUCUGUCAACAACUCCUUCCAGUACCUCACUGACACAGACAGAGACACAGCAAACACCACAGCAUCAAAGCCUAGCUACCAGAUCAGUUCCAAGGUUGUAACAGCUCUCGUCAGUAACCCAGCAACAGAACACCUCGCCCAGCCUGUCAUCCUCACCUUCAAACAUCUACAGGUGAGGGCGGAGUCAGCGGAGAUGAACUAUACCUGUGUGUUCUGGUCGGAGGGGCGUGUCCAUGAAGAGGGAGGGGCGUGGUCAAGGCGUGGCUGUACCAAAGUCACGUCUAACGCUACACACACUGUGUGUUCCUGUACCCACCUUAGCAGCUUUGCUGUUCUCAUGGCCCUCUACCCUGUAAAGCACACCUUUGAGUUGCGUCUGUUGACGUGGCUGGGUCUGUCGGUGUCUGUGGUGUGUCUGUUGCUGUGCAUCCUGACUUUCUGGCUGUGUCGGUCCAUCCAGGGGACACGCACCACCAUCCACCUCCACCUCUGUGUCUGCCUCUUCAUCGCUGACCUCGUCUUCCUCAUCGGCAUCUCUCACACACAGAGCAAGGGAGGAUGUAGGGUUGUAGCAGGUCUCCUCCACCUGUUCUUCCUAGGAUCCUUUAGUUGGAUGUUGUUAGAGGGGGUUCAGCUCUACCUCAUGGUGGUCCUGGUCUUCAACACUACCAUAAGACCUCUGUACCUGUAUGCUGUGGGAUAUGGACUGCCACUGGUUGUUGUCAUCAUCUCUGCUAUCACCUACCCAGAUGGAUACGGUACCACACAGCACUGUUGGUUGUCUCUGGAGAGAGGAUUCAUCUGGAGUUUCUUCGGCCCAGUGUGCACCAUCAUCACUCUCAACGUUUUCUUCUUCAUCAUCACUGUCUGGAGGCUGGCCCAGAAGUUCUCUAGUCUCAACCCUGACCUCUCCAACCUACGCAAGAUCAAGGUGUUCACAGUGACAGCAGUGGCCCAGCUGUGUGUGUUGGGUACUAUGUGGAUAUUUGGAGUGUUCCAGUUCCAAGAGGCGGGGACAGUGGUCAUGACAUAUCUCUUCACUAUCCUCAACUCUCUACAGGGAGCCCUGCUGUUCAUCAUGCACUGCCUACUGAACAAAACGGUUAGAGAGGAGUAUUGCAAGCUGCUGUCCUGUAUCUGCACACCACAGAAGAAGAGAUACUCAGAGGUCAACACUACCAACCCUUCUUCCAGCCAAUCCCAGGGGUCAAGGAGCGCCACAAACAUGGGGGUGUCGCAGAUAUGAUGUCACCAAACCCCCACCACGCAUCUCUUUACCCCUCCUCCCAUGACAAAUGUUCCCACUAGAUGGCCAAACUGUAAAGUCAAAAUGGUCGAUCGUAAACAUUUAUGAAAACAAAGGUUUGCGUUUAGCGGUGUGGUUAAGAGACAUUGUAGAAAUGGGCAGUGUUUCUGACUUAGUAUCUUGGCCAGAUAGUGACAACCCAGAAACACUCAGCCCGAGGAUAGUACUGUUCAGGCCAGGUUAGUAGAAAAUGUGUCCAACUAGCCCGCCGGAUAGUAAAAAUGUUAGUCCUCUAGCCAGGUUGGCCAGUGCCCAAAAUCCUUCAGUUACAUCCCUGAUUAGACACUUCAUAUCAAACUUGAUGUUAACCACUGUCUUAUCAAGCAUUAGGUUAUCCAAUCAGAAGUUAUGUGAUCUUCAUGUCAUCCAAUAGGAAUCCAUAUGGUCUUUAUGUCAUCCAAUAGGAAUCCUUAUGGUCUUUAUGUCAUCCAAUCAGAAGUUACGUGAUCUUCAUGUCAUCCAAUAGGAAUCCAUAUGGUCUUUAUGUCAUCCAAUCAGAAGUUACAUGAUCUUCAUGUCAUCCAAUAGGAAUCCAUAUCCUCUUUAUGUCAUUUUUACAGUCAAAUAGAUGAAACCAUAAUCAUAAACAGAAGCUUUCUUCUUUUACACGAAUGGAAUAGAUUUAUAGCAAUAUUUCUUACUUUCUUAUUUCUUACCAAGAGCACAAGAUAUGGUGACAUUUCUACACAAAUAAAUUCAAAGGGAUUUAGAAAAACAUGUGAAGAUAUGUGUUAGUUGUGACCUAAUGGACUGUUAUACUGUAAAUGUUUAUUUUUCUUAAUGUCACGUCCUGACCAUAGUUCUUAUGUGUGUUGCUUGUUUUAGUGUUGGUCAGGACGUGAGCUGG